CAAAUAUCGACAUUGAUGAAGAGGGAGAGCCGAGCUAAUUUGGCACCAUCUCCACUUUUUCAACACCGAUCAAAAAUAUAUUGUUUGCAACCCAAUCACUCCAAUCGUAAAUCUUGAAGGCCAAUGCUGAACUUUUUGCGGAAGCCUAAUAAACUAAAUCAUUCCAGGGGAGAUGUGGUGGAAGGCGGUUCGUGCAGUUUCGGCAACUCUGUUCGGCCAGCGGAACGCCACGGCGAGAGCUUCGUCGACCUGCAGCAGAAGAGUCGUCGAUAUGGCAUCACGAGAUGGCGAGCUGAGGGUUUUCAUAGUCGCCGGCGAGGUCUCUGGUGAUUCCAUUGCUUCUCGCCUCAUGGCUUCCCUCAAGAGAAUCUCCCCUUUUCCCGUCCGUUUUUCCGGAGUCGGAGGAGCUUUAAUGAACUGCGAAGGUCUUCAGUCUCUCUUUCCCAUGGAAGACAUUUCAGUCAUGGGGAUCUUUGAAUUGCUGCCGUAUUUAAAUAAAAUAAGGAUAAGGUUGAAAGAAACCGUCGAAGUAGCAAGGCUGUUCCAGCCUCAUGUUGUGGUGACAAUUGAUUCAAAGGGAUUCUCUUUUCGUUUGUUGAAGCAACUAAAAGUUAGAUAUAGUAAGGAAGAGCAUUGUCCCAUAUGUGUCCAUUAUGUUGCACCAUCAUUUUGGGCAUGGAAAGGAGGUGAACGAAGACUCGGAAAACUCUCUGAAUUUGUUGACUAUUUGUUAUGCAUUCUUCCCUUUGAAGAAGAAAUUUGCAGAUUAAAUGGACUUGCUGCAUCUUAUGUUGGUCACCCCUUGUUGGAAUAUGCUUUUCAAUUGAACAUGGAACAUGGUUCAACAUCAUGUAAUGGGGGGUUCCAAGGAAAUGGUGAUGCUUUUCGGCAACAACAUGGAAUUCCUCCUGGUAACACGGUCAUUACGUUACUUCCCGGAAGCAGGCUGCAAGAGGUUAAGCGCAUGCUACCAAUAUUUUCACAAACUAUGGAAUUAUUAAAUGCCUCAUUUACUGGAUUGUCUGCUAUUAUUCCUGUUGCUCCUCAUCAGCAUGUGGCAUCUUACAUUGAACAAGAGAUUUGUUCUUCGUCUUUAUCAGCCAUAUUGAUUCCUGGAAUGUCUCUUCAACAACGAUAUGAUGCAUUCAGU